AAUUGCUAAAACAAAAUAAACUCCCAACAACAAGAAGUAAGAUUCAUCGUGUUUUGGCUUACCUUAUCCCAACUGAAACAAUCAUCAAUCAUCAAUCAUCAUGGGAGGCGGUUUCAUGUUUUCUGCCAACUCAGCCUCAGCCUCCGCUUCGCCGCCGUUCCCUGCCGCAAGAAGCUUCCAAACUCCGGCUGAACUUCAACCAUGCUAUUGCUCUGAUAACGACAGCUUUUUAGGGCCUGUUCCUUCUCGGGUCGAAGUUGAAUCUGCAAUUCUUCAACUCCAAAGGUUUAUGCGUGACCAAAUGCAUCAUCAUCUCCACUUGCAAUCUCCCGGGUUCACAAAAUUCUCCGAGGCGUUCGCCAUGAUGCAAGCAGAACCACCUCUUCAGAAUUUGGUUACCUCUAUCUCGUGUGAUGAAGCCGUUUGGAAGGCCAUGUUGAAUAACAAGGCGGUUGGUGAUCUACGAGGUUCAAUCUCUGCAGCUAAAGAAGAGAAGCUGGUGAGCUACCUUGAGAAGGGAAAGGCAGAGCCAGCGUUGGCGGAUGUUAUGCUGAAAUGGAUUUUGGAUUUGGCCAAGUCCAAAGUUAUGCAACUGCUUGAAUGCUUUGCAUCGCUCGUGAAUGACAUAUUCCAGCCUCCUUCAAACGAAAAUCCCACUUCACAACUUGAUGACCUUCUUGACGAGAAGCUUAGGUCUUCGUUGCUGCUCUCUGUCGUCAUCCUUCUCAUUGUUGUUGUUGUCCGCGGCCAACAAUGAGACGUGUACCAAGAUAGCAUCUUUCUUAUGCUUCACUUUCUUGAUUUUUUACUUAUUUGGUUUCUGUUUUCUUGUUAACUAUUUUCUGUUUCCCUUUGGUGAAACUUCUGUGGUUUCCAUAGGCAACAUGUUGUUAUCUAACUUUGGUGGUCUAAGAAAUAAACUAGUGUGGUUGAAGCAAA